GCGGAGGAAGAGCAUUCCUGGGGUGAAGCAGAUGAGCAUGGACUCCGUGACCUCCGCUCCCUUCCGGCCCACGCAGGGCUUCCUGAGCCGGAGACUGAAAGGCUCCAUCAAACGGACCAAGAGCCAACCCAAGCUGGACCGCACCAGCAGCUUCCGGCACAUUCUGCCCCGCUUCCGGAGUGCGGAUCAUGACCGAACCCGGCUGAUGCAGAGCUUCAAGGAGUCUCACUCUCACGAGUCGCUGCUCAGCCCGAGCAGCGCAGCUGAGGCACUGGAGCUCAGUAUCGAUGAGGACGCCAUCAUCAAACCCGUCCACAGCAGCAUCCUGGGCCAGGAGUUCUGCUUUGAGGUGACCACACCGUCCAGUACUAAGUGUUUUGCCUGCCGGUCGGGGGCCGAGAGAGACAAAUGGAUCGAGAACCUGCAGCGGGCGGUGAAACCCAACAAGGACAACAGUCGCCGUGUGGACAAUGUGCUGAAACUCUGGAUCAUCGAAGGCAAGGACCUGCCUCCGAAGAAGCGCUAUUACUGCGAGCUGUGUCUGGACGAGAUGCUGUACGCUCGCACCACCAGCAAGGUGAAGACCGACAACGUGUUCUGGGGCGAGCACUUCGAGUUCAACAACCUGCCAGCCGUACGCAACAUCCGCAUCCACCUGUACAAGGACACGGAGAAGAAGAAGAGGAAGGAGAAGGGUAACUAUGUGGGGCUGGUCAACAUCCCCAUCAGCAGCGUGAGCAGCCGGCAGUUCAUCGAGCAGUGGUACCCGGUCAGCCAGCCCAGCUCCAGCAAAGCCAAGGCUGGUGGCCCCACCAUCCGCAUCAAGUCCCGUUACCAGAGCAUGAGCAUCCUCCCCAUGGAGCUGUACAAGGAAUUUGCUGAGUACGUCACCAACAACUAUAAGAUGCUGUGCGCGGUGCUCGAGCCUGUGCUGAGCGUCAAGAACAAAGAGGAGGUGGCGUGCGCCCUGGUCCAUAUCCUGCAGAGCACGGGCAAGGCAAAGGACUUCCUCUCUGACAUGGCCAUGACAGAGGUUGACCGCUUUGCUGACCGUGAGCAUUUAAUAUUUCGUGAGAACACCUUGGCGACCAAGGCAAUUGAGGAAUACCUAAAGCUGAUUGGUCAGAAAUAUCUCAAGGACGCUAUUGGUGAGUUUAUCCGAGCUCUCUAUGAGUCGGAGGAGAAUUGUGAGGUGGACCCAGUGAAAUGUUCGUUCUCCUCGCUGGCCGACCAUCAGGCCAACCUGAGGAUGUGCUGUGAGCUGGCGCUCUGUAAGAUCGUCAACUCCCACUGUGUGUUUCCCCGGGAGCUGAAGGAGGUGUUCGCCUCGUGGCGGCAGCGCUGCGCGGAGCGGGGACGAGAGGACAUCGCGGACCGUCUGAUCAGCUCCUCCCUCUUCCUCCGCUUCCUGUGCCCCGCCAUCAUGUCCCCGAGUCUCUUCAACCUCAUGCAGGAAUACCCGGACGACCGCACCUCCCGAACCUUGACGCUCAUUGCAAAGGUCAUCCAAAACCUGGCCAACUUCACCAAGUUCGGCAGUAAGGAAGAGUACAUGUCCUUUAUGAACGAGUUCCUGGAGCUGGAGUGGGGCAGCAUGCAGCAGUUCCUGAUGGAAAUCUCCAACCCGGACACCGUCACCAAUGCAGCCAGCUUCGAGGGUUACAUCGACCUGGGCCGUGAGCUCUCCACCCUCCACUGCCUCCUCUGGGAGGUGCUGCCUCAGCUCAGCAAGGAGGCUCUUAUCAAGCUGGGCCCUCUCCCCCGGCUCCUGAGUGACAUCAGCGGAGCCCUGAGGAAUCCCGCCCACGUGCAGCGCCAGUCCAGCCACCUGCCAGAACGCUACGCUGCUGGGCCCGGGAUCAACCGCGGCAUCUCCUCCGAUCUGCAGAAGUACACGGUCAAAGACCUGAACAGCUCCAUUGACAUGACGCGGCUGCCUUCGCCCACCAAGGAGAAAGGGAAAGACGUGUUCUAUGUGACAAGGCCCCCACUGGCCCGCUCCUCCCCGGCCUACUGCACCAGCAGCUCGGACAUCACCGAGCCCGACCCAAAGAUCAUGACCACGAACAAGAGCAUCUCCAUGUUGGAUCUGCAGGACAGCCGCAGCAUGAACAGCAUCAGCAACCUGCAGACGGUGGGCGACAUGCUGAACAGCAGCCAGGCCUCCAUCGGGACCACAGUGGGAGUGGGCCUGAGGCCUAGCCGGUUGUCACAGGGCAGUGGCUCGAGCAUGUCGGCCGGGCUACGGCUCAGCCAGAUGGGGAUGACCACAGAUGGUCUGCACGGCCUCCGGGUCCCCCUAUCCUUUCAGAAUCCACUGUUUAACAUGACGUCAGACGGGCCCACCUCACUACGGACUCCCGCAGAGCCUGGGGCCGGGCUGCUGGGUUACCACGGCUACAGCAAGAGCGAGGACCUGUCGGCCAACAAGCAGAUCUUCCACAGCCACAGCUACAGCGAUGAGUUUGCCCGUCAGAACAGUGAGCUGACACGGAGGCAGCUGUCACUCACUGACAACCUGCAGCAUAUGCUAUCAGCCCCCCCAGCCAACAUUGGGCCCCAGCGCCGGAUAGACCAGCCCCCACCCCCGGCCCCCCAGCCCGCACCCCCCGCCCGCGGAAAACCCCAGCAGCUGACGGUCAGCGCCGCACAGAGGCCUCGUCCCCCCAGCGCUAACCUCCUGGCCUCGCCCGCUGAGCCCACAGGCCCCAAGUCCCGGCAGCAAUCCAUCACCACGAAAACUGAUACCCCGGCAGCCAAAGCCGGCAUCACCAAACAGCCGUCGCAUUCCCCUUCGACACUGCACCCUGUCACCCCAUCGGAGAGGACAGUUGCCUGGGUGACCAACAUGACCCACCUGUCUGCAGACAUCGAGAGCUCACACCUGGACCGCGAGGAGUACAAACUGCGAGAAUAUUCCAAAUCCAUGGACGAGAGUCGGCUCGACAAGGGACUACAGACCCAAUACGAGGAGGAAAUCCUCUCCUUGAAGGAGCGGCUGCAGUUGUCGAAUCGCAAGCUGGAGGAGUACGAGCGGCGACUGAUGUCCCAGGAGGAGCAGACGGGCAAAAUCCUGCGGGAAUAUCAGUCCCGACUAGACGAGAGCGAGCACCGACUGCGGAAGCAGCAGGAAGAGAAAGAUGGUCAGAUCAAAGGCAUCAUCAACAGGUUAAUGGCGGUCGAGGAUGAACUGAGGAAAGACCAUGUGAACAUGCAGGAAGCCAUCGAUGCCAAGCAGAGAAUAAUUGACGUACAGGAGAAGCAGCUUUCUUCGAUGAACGCCACCAACGCCAGGCUGACGGGGACUCUGAGCCGCGCAAGGGAUCGAGUCGGUGCCGCCCAGCAGUGGCAGAAUGGCGGAGCCUUCCCCUCCAACCCGCCCUCCAAUCCACCCCGCCUACACAUCACCGAGAACGGAGAGUUCUUUAACAUGGACGGCUCUCAAUGAGGGGGUGGG